AUGGCUUGUCAUGCCGGUCCAUCGGAAGCCGUAGUGCUUCGAUUGAAAUCGCGUGACAUCUCGGAUGUAUCGCUUGCCUCAUCCGAGUCAUCCGGUUGUUCAUCGGAGCGGUCAUCAGUUUUACGUAGUCCUACCCACUUGGACGAAACCCCUGUACUACACGGGACCGACAGUUCGAACUCAGCUGAUGGGCCAAAGCAUGAAUCGGCUGGACAGGAAACUAAAGAAUCCGAUGCUGGCACAUCCUCUCCGUCAGCACUUCCGCCACCGGUGUUGAAGAAAAGCAAUACCUCCGAGAUCAUUCAUCAUCAUCCGGUAUUCGUUAAGGACACCUCCAAAUACUGGUAUAAGCCGACGAUUUCUCGAGAGCAAGGUCAGUUCUUCUGA